ACUGUGCAGUCUCCUCUCUCUCUCCUCUUCAUUUAUCUCUCUAGCUGUCUUAUUAUUCUACGCUUACUUCUCAUACCUCUAUUUGAUCUAGUUGUCUUUAUGAAAACACAUUAGCGUUAGUACGUGAAUGCCUUUCCUUCGUUGCUACUCUGUUUACUAGCUCGAAGCUUAGCCUAGCUCUGCUGUUAGCUUUGUGAAUCCACAGGUACAUCUUCUCGUCCUCCUCCUAAAAAAAAUGGCCAAUAGGUUACUGCAGCUGAGAGUGUUUGUUAAUGAGCGGCUCACAGCGGCCGCGGAGGAAAUCUUCGGUGCUGUGGAAAGAACCAUAUUAGAGUAUCGAAACGACAUGUAUCUGUCCAGAGAGGAUGUAAAACACAGCGGGCUGCUGAUGCUAGCUGAAGGUUUGAAUCGACAGAUGGAGUUCUCUGCAGUCUGCCAGGAGGUUGGUGUGUCUGCAGCUGAGACCUUCACCCAGCCAACGUACGGCACUGAUGCAUCUCCAGAGCCUCAGGAACUGUGGACCAGCUGGGACAAAGACAAACUGCAGGAGCUGUCAGAGAGUGAUGUCACUGCUGCUUGUGUUAAGCACGAAGAGAGCACGCAGCCCAUCUCAUGCCGUCAAACCCAAACCGAGACCAUCAGAGAGGAAGAGCUUCUGCCCAGCACUUCAGCCAACUGGUUAAAAACAGAAGAGGAAGACGACGGCUACGGAAGAUCAGAAGCAGCAAACGUCUGGCAGCCGCUCUCCUCAGACAGCAUGGAUGAGAAUAACACCAGUGAUGCUGAGUAUACAGAGAGAGGAGGACCUAAUUCGCAUCCAAAGCAAAGACUAAACAGUCCGAACACAACUAGUUUGUCUUGUAAGCUGUGUGGAGAAUCCUUCCAAAGCAGGAGCUCAUUAGUGAUACACGUUAAAUCGCACUCGAACGACACAACGGCUCUCUGUCCUCCAGAUCACGCAGCGUUAGCGGACAGCGCAAUCAAAGCUUUGGGAGCACACAGAGGGAACAACCUGUGUUACAUCUGCGGCAAAACGUUCACCACCAGGACGCAUUUAAAAAGACACAUGCUGGUUCACACGGGUCUGAAACCACACUGCUGCAAAAUAUGCGGCAGGAGAUUCGGACGAGGCGAGUGUCUGAGGGUACACAUGAGGAUCCAUACUGUAGAGAAGCCGUACUCGUGCGAGGUGUGCGGGAGGGAGUUCAGGCAGAGGGGCAACAUGAUCUGUCACAUCAGGACUCACACGGGAGAAAAGCCGCAUCGCUGCAUCAUCUGCUCCAGACCGUUCGCGUACAAGAAGGACAUGCUGAGACACAUGCAAGUCCACUCAAAGAAUUCAUGAAUUCCCAUUUAUAUUUACAACUGGACAGAUGUGUACAAUGUGACAUCAUAUCUUGAUAUUUUCAAUGCAGCUACUUUACAUUUUGUAGCAUAUUUCAC